GCGGAGAGGCCUGUGAAAGGAGCCGGAGGGCCGGACCGACCGACAGACACAGUGAUCGCCAGCCUCUGAGGCACCCCGCCCGGCGUCCGGGCCCUCUGCGGGCAGCAGCCCUGCGCGGCGGGAGGCGGGGGUGGCAGUGUCUGCGCGCACACGCACGCUCACAGACACACACGCCCGGGCCACGCCACAGACACACGACACGCACAGACCCACGGCCGGCCGCUGCGCACACUCGCACCCGCGCUCACGCUCGCUCUCCGGCGCAGGCCCCGCAGCAGCCGCUGCCCGGAGGCGGUGGCAUCCUGCUCGGAUUCCAGCCGGGACUGGAGCGGAGGCAGUGACAGUUGCACCUCCUAGCUCCGUGAAGAACGUCAGGCAGCCACGCCCCCCUUUGCUGGAGCAGAGACGACUGGCCGCCCUGAGUGCAAUUCAAUUCAACAGACAUUUACCGAGCGCCUACUAUGCGCCAGGCCUUAGGCUAGGCACUGGGGAGCCCAGAGAGGAGAGUGGGGGGCCUUUCAUUCUCAGAUAGUUCUGGUACCAAGAGAGAAGCCUUGUGGAGGGUUGGAGCAGCAGAGCCCGGGGUUCAAGUGCAUCACAGGAGGGCUACUGUUUAUCUAUGCCUCAGUUUCCCCACCUGUAACAUGGGAGGGCAAGGUGGGGGGAGGCUUUUCCAGGAUUCCAUGGACCACUGGAAUGGGGGUAGAGCAGGGAGGCCAUCCCUCUCCUGCAGGCUCCUCAGAGGAGGGGCAAAGUUCUGGGCCCCAGGGUGUGUUGCGGGGCCGGGGGAGGGCAGGCAGAAACGGUUUCCCAGACUCAGGAACACCAUGAACAAAGACCUGGAGGACACGGUGGGGGGGUGGGGGGCGGUGAGGAUGGGCAUCCCAGACGCUCUGCGGGUCUAGAAAAGGACACGGUACGGUGUGAGCUCAGAGAAGAUGAGGAGGUUUGAGGGCAUGAGCUGUUUUGGGGCGGUGGCAGCCGUGAUGGGCUGUUGAGGGAGUCAGGGACACGUCUUGGUUUUGCCUCCCCCUUCUCCUCCUCCUGUCCUUGGAACUUCCAUAGACCCAGCAGCCAUGUAGUUAGUGUGGCAUCUGUGUUGUGCUGGGCAUGCCACUGUCAGUCUUUACUGCUGCCCACCCCCCACCCCCGCCCCGGAGGUGGGUAUUCGUGGGCCCAGGUCACAGGGUAGCACACCAGGCCUAGAGAGGGAGACAUCUUGUCCGAGGUACGAUCUGACCCCAAUCCCCUAUGUUCCUACUAUUACCUCUCACCGAGGGGGGGGUCUGUGCUCUGUGUGGCCUCUCCCAUCUUGUCUAUCCCAGUGUCCCGAGGGAUUCCCAAGAGUCAUGGCAGGAAGACACCCAGAAGCCACUAGUUAGACUGUGGGCUUGGCAGUCAUCCUUAGAGACCAGCCCAGAGGGGGGCUCCUUCCUGGCUUCACGUGUGAGUAGCCUGAGGCUCGGGUCCGAGGUUAGACGCAGGGAGGGACAGCCUGGGCUAAGAUCCUGACUCUUUAGUGGCAGUGGAGGCCUUGGGGAUGUUGAAGCAGCCCCACCCUCACUGCUCCCAGACGGCCUCGUCAGGGAGUGCCAAGGACUCAGAUCUCAGAUCUGGGUUCAGAUCCUGGUGUUGCCUUGCAUGACUGUGUGGUGAUGAGAGAUCAUUAGCCACUCUGAGCCUCGGUUUCUUUAUUUGUUUCUGGGGGGGAGGGCUGGCUUUCCUAUCCAUUUAGCAGUGGUAGAUAUUUAUUGAGCACCUACUGAGGCCUGGUGCCGGCUGGGCUGGUGGGGAGGCUCAGAAUUGGGCCUUCCUUGGGGAACUGAGUCUAAGGGAAGGGCCAGUGGCGGAUAGGAUUCUGGUAGGGACGGAGAAGGACAAAGCCCAGGCAGGAGCUGUAGGGACUCACAAGGAGCACCCCAACCCGGUGAGGAGACUACGUUCCAGCUCCCGAAGGACCACAGGGGCUGGGCUCCGGGUGUGCUGGAAUUUCCCCCGAUCAGCCAGGAGCCAGGGAAGCCUUUCUAUUAGGGGAAGCCAUUCUCGGAUGAAUGUUCUAGCAAGUUCUCCCUCUGCUGGGUGGAGGAGAGAUGUGAUAUAGGUUGGUAAACCUGGAGGCAGACCAGAGAGGAUGCUGAAGGAGAAGGAUCAAUGGGGCUGCUGGGCAGGACAUCCCUAGGCUGGGGAGCUGGAGAGAACCAGACAGGGAGUAAGGCGGGAAAGAGUGUCCUUCUAGGUGCCAGGGAGGGGACAGGAAGCUGGGACAGGGCUAGAGGGUGAUGGUGGUCAGCACAAGGCCAUCUCUCGGGAACCACGGAGAGGACCAAGAUGUGCUCUGGGGCCGGAAGUAGGCUUAAGGGGAGCAGAGAGCUGGGAUGGGACCCCGGGAAGGCUUCCGAGGAACAGGGACAGGGGAGGAAAGCCAGCCAUGCGGUUCCUCAGGCUGGGAAGGCUGUGUUUCCUUCCGCCCACGGUGUUUGCCCAGAGGGAGAUAGCGGAUGUCAAGCCUUGGGUGGCAGGAGGGCCCUGAGGAGGCAGGGAAGGCAGGAGCCUACCCCCCAGCCCUAGGAAGGGGGAGCCUGCAGUGCAUGGGAAGGUGUUUGGGAACGGAGUAAAAUAUUUGCAUGCGUAACAGGGCUGGGCGAGGGAGAGGAAAUUACCAUACAUCAGGAUCUUGUUAUUCAACCUAAUUUUCAAAGGGGCACAGCUGUCGCGCUGAGAUAAUCCGUUAAUUAUAACAGCCAUUGUGCUUUGGCAAUGGGAGAGAAACCGAGGCUGGGUACAGGCUGAGGCUGGGGUGGGGUGGCCCCUUGAGGGCCCAGGACCUCAGAGAGGGGGCAGGGAGAGAGAGGCCGAGAGGGGUGCUGGGCUCUCGGGACUAGAGGGAAGAGCAGGGCAGGGACCGGGCUGCAGCCUCUGCACAGCCACCGUCAGCAUGGAGGUGACAAGGCCAGCUGGCACUGUGCCCCUGGAGCCGGUUGCCGGAACCUUCUAGAGCAGUUAACUUUAUUGAGCAGUUACUAUGUGCCAGACCCUGCUUCCUCUAGCUGCUCCCUAUAGCCAGGGCCCCUUCCCAUCUCUCUCUCUUCUUCUUCUUCUUCUUCUUUUUUUUUUUUCCAGAAGAGGAAACACCCAGGAAGGUAGCUUUACCAGGACGACCGAGUAGGCAGUUUGGCAGAGACCCAUGUGAUCUGAGUAUGGCUCUGAACUUCCAGGGUAGCCUGAGGGACAGGACCCACUGAGUGGGGUAGACACAGGAGCUUCCAUGGUUUAAGGCAUGCCAUCACCGCGGUCACGGGUGGCCCUCCCCCAGUGGCAUUUCCGGGGCCCUGGGUGUGGACAGAGCCUCCUUGUUCUCUGGGCUGCAGCUGCGGGGCCCCCCUGCGGCCUCCAAGGCAGCCUUCAGUCUGGCCCCCAACCCCCAGAACAACUGCCCUCGGGGCCAGGAGAGGGCGUUGCACACUAUCUCUAUCACCCAUGCUGGUCUUUGCUACCGCUUGCUCGGAGGUAGGAAGGAUACAGACAGCUCUAUCCUGGGAGGAAUUCUCAGCCUAGCCUGGGGUGGGGUGGGGUGGGGGUGGGGGACUUUGUAGCAGGAACCUUGGAUGCCGGGGCCUGGGAGAGGCAGGUGGGAGGCAGUGAGUCAUGGGACAGUACCCUGAAGUCUGGCUGCCCAGGACCCCACAUAGGUUCGGUCCAAACUUGGAGUCAGACUUAGGCCCUAAUGUCCAUGCAACCUGGACUAGGAAUUCAGCAGAGGCCAGCCGGCAGGGUAGGAUGCUUAUUCUGAAAAUUCAGCUGGAACUCCCAGUGUGACCCAGAGAUCCAGGAAGCACAGUUGGAGGGGCAGGCGAGAAGUUGGGGUUCCUCAGAGGGGCAGCAGGUACGGGACGGGGUGGGGUGGGGUGGACUCCAUGAGGAUUCCCCUGCUAAAAGCCAAGGAGAAGCCGGGGGAGGAGGAGUUUAAAGUCCUGGAGAAUGGACGACUCCUAGCCUAGGCCUAGAAGCUGCAGACUGAUGGGACCAAAGAGGCACAAUCCUAGACUCAUCAUUGGGGACCCCAAAACGGGCAGACCCAUGCUUGUCAACGUGCUAGCCUUCUGAGACCCCAGAACCAGUGCAGGGCAGGGGGGUGGUGUGGGCUGUGGAUGGAGGCAAGGGCUGAGCAUGUGGGCCAGGAGCAGCCUGCUGGUGGGUCUCCACGCAAGCUGGCAUAACUGCCCCACCCCCCACCCCCCCGAGUGCCCGACUUGUUUGCCUCGUAAACUUCGCUGCCCGGGGGUCAGGGCAGCGACAGUCAGGGAGGGCAGUGCCACGGCUGCCCCGUUGUCUGUGGGCGCUGCUGGGUCCCAGAAACAGGGGUGCUUUGAAGGUAAAAGCUCCCAGGCUUUCCACAUUGCCAGCUAGCUAAAAACAAAAAAAUUUAAUUACUGUCCAGAUGAAGCAGGGUCCCUUGGCAUUGCAUGAGUCAGAGCCUGAGGCCGAGGAGGAGAAAGCCACUGCAGAGCGGCUGGAGACUAGUCCCUUCCUGUGGAUAGUAGUGAUCAGAAGGGCACAAGCUCAGAGGCUAAGCUUCCCAGGAAGCCGCCAGGCCCAACUGAUGCCCUUUCUGCCCAUGGAUCCCCCGCGACAGGCCAGGCUGCUGCAGUGGGCUGCAUGCUCUGACCUGGAGCCUCUGCUUCUCUGCCCCCGAGGUCCCCUGACACCCCGCCCUGCCUGGGGAUGACCCUAAGGAUAUUUUGGAAGGCAGGAAAACGCCCACCCUUGGGACCCUGGAAGAGGAGCAGGCAGGACCAAGAGGGUGGGCCUAGCCGGUGCCUGGUACAUAGUAGGUGUUCCAUAAAUGUUUAUUGAAUGAAUGAAUGGAGGCCAUGCAGGCAGAGGCAGCGUGCACGCAGGCACAGUGCAAGAGCGGGUCCAGUGGAGACCGGAACUUAGGUGGCAGAUGGGCUUCUUCCUUCCUGUCUCCAGCUCGCUCACCGUCCCUCCGUGUUGUGCUCCUGGCUCCCGUGGGAACUGCCUGAAGCUCUGAUCCCGGAACCCGAGGGGAAGGAGGAGAAGAGCGAGAAGUCAAAGCCUGGGAACCUGCACUUCCGGCAGGAACCUAGAGCCGCAGCAACGCCUAGCGCCUGCUCGAAGCCCUUCAGAACAGCAGGCGCCGCCGGCUGUGUCCAUCCUGCCCAGGGCCCCUCCCCCCGCCCCGUGCUGGAGGUCACCCCCAAGAUGGUGGUGGCUCCAGGGAGGACUGUGCUACCGGCCCCAUCCUCUGGCUGCUAGGUCCCUCCGUUCUCUGGCCCUUCACCCCAGCUGGGUCCACGGGGGGUCCGAGCCUGGGCCAUGCUGCGCCUGGGGCUGUGCGCGGCCGCGCUGCUGUGUGUGUGCCAGCCGGGCGCUGUGCAUGCUGACUGCUGGCUCAUUGAGGGAGACAAGGGCUACGUGUGGCUGGCCAUCUGCAGCCAGAACCAGCCACCCUAUGAGACCAUCCCCCAGCACAUCAACAGCACUGUGCAUGACCUGCGGCUCAAUGAGAACAAGCUCAAGGCUGUCCUCUACUCCUCGCUCAAUCGCUUCGGGAACCUCACGGACCUCAACCUCACCAAGAACGAGAUCUCCUACAUUGAGGACGGUGCCUUCCUGGGCCAGACGAGCCUGCAGGUCCUCCAGCUGGGCUACAACCGGCUCAGCAACCUGACGGAGGGCAUGCUGCGUGGCAUGAGCCGCCUGCAGUUCCUCUUUGUCCAGCACAACCUCAUCGAGGUGGUGACGCCCACCGCCUUCUCAGAGUGCCCCAGCCUCAUCAGCAUCGACCUGUCCUCCAACCGCCUCAGCCGUCUGGAUGGCGCCACCUUUGCCAGCCUCGCCAGCCUGAUGGUGUGUGAGCUGGCCGGCAACCCCUUCAACUGUGAGUGUGACCUCUUCGGCUUCCUCGCCUGGCUCGUGGUCUUCAACAACGUCACCAAGAACUAUGACCGCCUGCAGUGUGAGUCACCGAGGGAGUUCGCUGGUUACCCGUUGCUCGUGCCCCGACCUUACCACAGCCUCAAUGCCAUCACCGUCCUGCAGGCCAAGUGCCGCAACGGCUCGAUGCCCGCCCGGCCUGUGAGUCACCCUACACCCUACUCCACGGACGCCCAGAGGGAGCCUGAUGAGAACUCAGGCUUCAAUCCUGACGAGAUCCUCUCGGUGGAGCCGCCGGCCUCGUCGACCACGGACGCGUCUGCGGGACCCGCCAUCAAGCUGCACCAGGUCACCUUCACCUCGGCCACCCUGGUGGUCAUCAUCCCGCACCCUUACAGCAAGAUGUACGUGCUGGUCCAGUACAACAACAGCUACUUCUCCGACGUCAUGACCCUCAAGAACAAGAAGGAGAUCGUGACACUGGACAAGCUGCGGCCGCACACCGAGUACACCUUCUGCGUCACCUCGCUACGCAACAGCCGCCGCUUCAACCACACCUGCCUGACCUUCACCACCAGGGACCCCGUGCCUGGGGACCUGGCCCCCAGCACCUCCACCACCACGCACUACAUCAUGACCAUCCUGGGCUGCCUGUUCGGCAUGGUCAUCGUGCUGGGGGCCGUCUACUACUGCCUGCGCAAGCGGCGCAUGCAGGAGGAGAAGCAGAAGUCCGUCAAUGUCAAGAAGACCAUCUUGGAGAUGCGCUACGGCGCCGAUGUGGACGCCGGUCCCAUCGUGCACGCGGCCCAGAAGCUGGUCGAGCCUCCUGUGCUCCCCGUGGCCCGCAUGUCCUCGAUUCCCUCCAUAAUUGGGGAGAAGCUGCCCGCCCCCAAGGGGCUGGAGGCCGGGCUAGACACGCCCAAGGUCGCCACCAAAGGCAACUAUAUCGAGGUACGCACAGGUGCUGCAGGGGACGGCCUGGCCCGGCCCGAGGAAGAGCUCCCAGACAUCGAGAACGGCCAGGGCUCGGCUGCAGAGAUCUCCACCAUCGCCAAGGAAGUGGACAAGGUCAACCAGAUCAUUAACAAUUGCAUCGAUGCCCUCAAGCUAGACUCGGCCUCUUUCCUAGGGGGUGGCAGCGGGGGCGGGGACUCUGAGCUGGCCUUCGAGUGCCAGUCCCUCCCUGCAGCUACGGCCGCCUCCUCGGCUGCCCCCCCUGGGGCGCUGGAGCUGCCCAGCUUCCUGUCACCCCCCUUCAAGGAGAGCUCCCACCACCCGCUGCAGCGCCAGCUGAGCGCCGAUGCUGCGGUGACCCGCAAGACCUGCAGCGUGUCAUCCAGUGGUUCCAUCAAGAGCGCCAAGGUCUUCAGCCUGGACGUGCCGGACCAUCCAACCCCCACCGGGCUGGCCAAGGGCGACUCCAAGUACAUAGAGAAAGGCAGCCCCCUCAACAGCCCGCUGGACCGGCUUCCACUGGUGCCCACCAGCAGCAGUGGGAGCAGUGGUGGCGGCGGUGGUGGUAGUGUUGGUGGUGGUGGCGGCGGUGGCAUUCACCACCUGGAGGUGAAGCCGGCCUACCACUGCAGCGAACACCGGCACAGCUUCCCUGCCCUCUACUAUGAGGAGGGCACCGACAGCCUGAGCCAGCGCGUGUCCUUCCUCAAGCCACUAACCCGUUCCAAGCGCGACUCCGCCUAUUCUCAGCUCUCCCCAAGACACUACUACUCAGGGUAUUCCUCCAGCCCCGAGUACUCAUCUGAGAGCACACAUAAGAUCUGGGAGCGCUUCCGGCCCUACAAGAAGCACCACCGUGAGGAGGUGUACAUGGCUGCUGGCCAUGCCCUGCGCAAGAAGGUCCAGUUCGCCAAGGAUGAGGACCUGCAUGACAUCCUUGAUUACUGGAAGGGGGUCUCAGCCCAGCAGAAGCUGUGACCCUCUCCUCCCCCACCGGUGAGGUGAGGGGGAGGGGCAGGGGCACUCGGGGGGGAUGGGCCCCGCCAAGGGUGGCCGGGAGGCGGGGGACAGGCCAAGGGGUCCGGGCCCGAGGGGGGCCCCGGGCCUAGGAGUGGACGUACAUGCACACCCGCACACACACACCCACACACACACACUUGACCACCACCUGACUGUGAAGCAACCAACACCCAACAAUAACGGACAGGAAAACAAACAUUUUCCUUAAAGUUUACAACCUGCUACCGAAACCAGUGUAUUCUACUGUGCUGCCCAAGGGACUCACUGGGCUGGGGAGAGAGGCCAGAGAGGGUGUGGGGCCUGGGACUCAGGCAGGUUGGGUGGGGAAAAGAGACUGGAGUAGAAGCCAACCGUAGAGAGCCCUCUUGUUCAGAGAGGGUGUCCUCCAAGCUGGGCGACAUUUCCCUUGGAGAUCUGGCAACACAUGGACAUCGGGCAUCCUCUCCUCCCACUUUAUGGAUGGCCCAGGAGGAGGAAAAGAAGCCCCCCGCCCUGGGGGGGGUUUAUCACCCAACAGGUUACAGCUCUGUCUCCCAGCUUCCUGGCCCAGCGCUGGCCCCGACUCCAGCUGCUCCUCUGGGCCCCGCCCCCUCCGCCCAUUACCCCUUCCAAAGCUGUGGUCUCAGGGGUCUAGGGACUGAGGUAGGCAGGUGCUUCUCUUCUCUAGAAGGUCCACGGGCACCCACAAGGUGGAAGGCUACGGUCCCUAGCCCUGGGUGGUCAGGAGUGAGGAAUGUCCUGCUGACCAGAGGGUAGCAGAGGUAAAGGGUGCCACCAACCCUCUUCAAGUGUCUUCCAAGUAGCCCCGGGGAGCUGCCUGGGGGUGGGGGGGGGUGGGGAGACCCGCUCCUCACUGGUAUCUCAGGUGCAGGCCCCCAAGCCACAGCCCCUAGUUUCUCUGGGUCCCCGGGUCCCCUACCCACGACAGAGAGGCAACAGUGAAUGUCAAGGCCUGGGACCAGUGUGGAGAUGAUACGGAAUGUAGGGAGUCCUCCCUGCACCCUGCACCCACACUUGCUUGGCCCCUGCUGUGUGCAGCAUCUUGGCCUGCCCAGGAGGGCCAUCUGCCCCACCCCACCCUGUCUCACCCCUUGGCUAGAGGGGCUCUCCUCAUGUUUCCAUGGAGAUGGCCACAGUCCUCUUCCUGACCCACUCCCAACACCAAUCAAAGCACAAACAGUGAGGUGCCCCCCUACUGCCCUGGCCAGAGAGCGGGCCAGGUUCCUGGCCCCUCCUCUUCCCCAGCUAGUCCUGUUGCCACGGCAACCCAGUGCCUGGCAGUUGGUGCCCAGAGCGACCAACUGACCAACCGUUGGGCUCUGGAGUUCUCUCAGUGUGGUUGGCAGCAGAGGGUGGUGAAGGAGGCCUGGCCAGGCGGCAGCUCUCUCAAGAGCCAGGGGCUUCCCGGGACAAGCUCCAGAGGCUAUUCUGGAGUCCCAAGACGAGGCUAAGGCAUCGUCUUUGCCUUUGAGUAGGCAGCGGGCCCGUGGGGCAUGGGGACGGCUGUUCUAGGCAGUUCUGCCCCCUGCCUGUGUGCCCUUUGGCUGGCCAUUGAGAGAGGGAGGAACCUUCUUGGCUCUACUCCGACCCUUCCGGAGGACCGCCCCCCCACUCCUGUCACUCUUCUGGGCUUCUUGAGAUGGGGACACGCGCAACUGUGGAGUUGAGGGGUGGGCGGGAAUGGGGGUGGCGUCUCAUUCAUUCCACCUGUGGGGGCUCUGACCAGGAAAGCUAGGGCUAUCCUUGGGGGUGGGGUACAGGGAAGGACUGGGGUGGGGAGACUUGACUGAACGCCUCUAUCACAUCGACUUUUGGGGUGGGCCGAGCCCAGGGCUCACUCAGGGGUGACAUUUGCAAAAAAAAGAAAAAAAGAAAAAGAAAAAGAAAAAAAAGAAAAAGAAAAAGAAAAAGAAAAAAAAGAAGAAGAAAGAAAGACUGUUCUCCUGGGGGAGAAGAGGGGACUGGCCAGCCUGGAUGUGAAGAGCAGAGCUCCCCCAGCCACACACCUGCCCUCACCCCACCCUAUACCCACCACCCCGAGAACAGCAGGCAGGCCGAGAGGCCAGGGGUGUGAGCAAGCAGACCCCUGUUUUCUUUGCAUGACGAUUUUACUGUAUUUUUUCCGAGCAAACAUCUGUCGUGUAUGUGCCAGUUUGUCCAGACUUCCCCUCCCCACCCCCACCCCCUCCAUGUGAUCCGAGCAGCUCUUGAAACCCAGGGAAGGGCCAGCUCUGCAGAAGACCCAAAACAGGUGCCACCAACAUAGCCCUGCUCUCCCUGCCUCGCCCCCCAUCUCCUUCUCCCAUCUUUCUGGGCACUGGACCCACGAGGGCUGCCUGCCACCCACCUUCACCACCCCUUCCUGUCUCGGUCCCCUUCCGUCCCUGCUGGUCCUUUUCCCUCCACUCCACCAGGCAAGGCAGUCUCAGUAGAGUGUUCUCAAGGCCAUGUUCUCGUAGAAGGGGCUGUGGGAGGAUCCUCGUCGACCUGUUCCCAUUUGGAAAUGAAGCUGGGGCCCUCUGAAGAGGCACCUUGUCUGGCAGGCAGCCCAGCCAGCCCCACGGGAUGGGGGAAGGUUGUCCGCCAUGCUGAGUCCAGGAGGUCAAGAGCUUGGAGCUUCUUCAUUGGAGAAUCUCGGGGGCCCUGCAGGAGGGGAGGGGGGCCUUGCCGUGCCGGGGGAGGAUCCCCACAGUGGACUGGGUUCUGUCCUCACAGCUGGCCAUCAUUCCUCAUUGAAGAUAACUUAUAAACCUGAGACCACUCGGGGGGACUUUAAAGAAGAGAGGGUCCAUUUCAACAGUGGGGCCCAGGCCACAGGGGUCUUUGGGACAGAGCAAGGGCCCAAGGCAUAGGCACACUUCCACUCUCUGGCCCUCCAGCUGCCCUGGCCAGUCCUCCAGGGUAGGCCCUUGGAGUUUCCCUCUGGCGUGCCCUGUGUACUAUCUAGGACGGCUUGUUCCUGGGCAGGAGUAGAGUAGCGGCGAGAGACCGAUGCCUACUUACUCCCUGGGUCCAAGCAAACACCCUGGCUGUGUAACAGCAAUGAGGUUUGGACUGAAGCUGGAGGGCAGGCCAUGAUUAGGGGCCCAGAGAGAGGAGGAGCUCAGGGUUUCAUGGAGUCAUCUGGGGGGGACACAGUUGGAAGUCACACCUGGCUUUUCCCAUCCUGGUAGGGAACAACCUGGGAAGCCUCCUUUCUCCGGAAUGUGCGGCCUUCCAGAAAUAAAAAGCGUAGUCUUAGCAGGUUCAGGGAGCCCGGGUCAGCUGGCCGCUUCCUGGGAAAGGGCCCUUCCGCCACCCACGGCCCUUCCACGCUGUACUCCCUCGAUCAUAACGCAGGCAGCUCCUGGAGCAACCUAUCCAGGGCCGGAGGGCCUGUCAAGGAAAGCCCUGGCCGCCUCAGGAGGCCUUGGGCGGCGCAGGGGAGGCAGCCAGUGAUGUCUGGGCCUGGUGCGUGGCUCUCAUGUUCCUGAUUAGAAGUCACCUGUGCCCACAAUCCAGAAAAUGUAAGGAGGUGACAUGGGCAGAAGCACAGGGGAACCUCUAGACAGGCCCAUAGGGGGACGGACAGGGACGGAAGCGACAACUCUCUCAACCUCCCAGUUCACGAGGAGGGGCCGAGGCUGAGGAGAAGAUGCAGGCUCCCUGGGAGUGCUAGGCCCCUGCAGAGAAUGAAAUAAGGGAUGGGGCGGGGGGUGGGGGUGGGCAGGUGGUCUCUCGUCCCUCCAAGGAGACGACAGGCGACAGACAAGAAGAGCCAAUGCUUUGAAAAUGAACUAGGAGGGAGAGACCUGCUGGCUGUCCCCAAGCCUCCUCACUGGCUACCCUGUCACUCAGCCCCCCAGCAAGUCCUGACAUGGCUGAGGGCCUCUUCUCCAGGGUGUGGGUGGGUGGGAAGAGGUAUGGGGGGCGCUAUGGGGUGUCUAGCUACCUGUAGGGUGACCUCAUCCCCUAGAUGUUUGUCCCUCUUGAUAAGGCUUGCUCUCUGGGAUCCCCCUCAGCCCCAGGAGACGGUAUCUCUCCCAGUCACCGCGCUCCUGUCACACGCCUGACAUCUUCCACGACCCACACCCACCUCUAAGAACCAGUAUCUCCCACUACUUGCCUCAGUGUGCCCCUCCCCCGCCCCCCCAGAUGCCAGCUGCCCUCUGCUGAACAGCGGGGAGAAUAGAGGUACCCACGGGGGUGUCCUCCUGUUCCCUCCUCUUCUGCCAGGCAAGCCACAGGGCUGUGGUAGAGGUCCAGGCAAUGAUGACCACCCCCCCCCCUGCUUCCCACCCUCCACCCUCCUCAGGAGCUGCCGGCCCCCAGGGGCACGGCAGCCUGGCACCUGGUUUGAGCCCUGCGGAGCUGGGCUCGGGGCCCUGGACUCUGAACCUGUGACCCCUCGCUGUGUACGGAACUCGCCCCCCCCCUGGGGGCCUUGGACCCUCUCCUUUUCUUCUUUUAGGGGGGGUAACUUCAUUUAUUUCUCCUCCUUCCAUCUGCCUCUCCCCCCCAAUCUUCCUGUUUUAAACCGAAUGGCACGAAAUCGUUUUCCUCACCUUGGAGAUUCCUGUAUGGAGAGAAUCAAUUUCUAUAUUUGCAAUAAAUUUCUUAUUUAAAACAA